UGAUUGGCUUUAAGCAGCAUCUCUUUUCCUUCUUUCCAUCAAAAGUCACAUCUCUUAUGCUUGAACCUAUUAAAUUCAUCUCUUUCUCUCUCUGUUUUUCUCCCCCCUCUUUCUUAAUAGACCAUCAUGAGAAUUAUAGACAAAAUACAAGAAGCACAAAAGAAUCAAACAAUUGCUUAUUCUUUUGAGUAUUUCCCUCCUAAAACAGACUUGGGGUUUGCUAACCUGAUCGAUCGUCUUGGUCGUAUGGCUCAACUCGAACCCGAGUUUAUUUCAUGUACUUGGGGAGCAGGUGGCUCUACUUCUGACCGUACACUUGAGUUAUGUUCCACAGCCCAAAACUUGUAUGGUUUAGACACACUGAUGCACUUGACAUGUACCAAUAUGGAACGAGACAAACUCGACAAAGCCCUUGAACAAGCCAAGGCAGCAGGUAUUCGUAACAUUUUAGCCUUACGUGGUGAUCCUCCUCGAGGUCAUGAGUAUUGGACACCUGUAGACAACGAAUUCAAACAUGCGAUUGAUCUCGUAAAGUACAUUCGGGCUCAUUAUGGUGAUCAUUUCUGUCUCGGUGUAGCUGGUUAUCCAGAAGGCCAUAUUGACUGUGCUGAUCCUGAUCAAGACUUACUUUACUUGAAAGAGAAAGUAGAGGCAGGUGCUGAUUUUAUUGUGACUCAGUUGUUUUAUGACCCUCAAGUAUGUGUGGACUGGAUUCACAAGUGUAAAGAAAAGGGUAUUCAUGUGCCUAUUGUGCCUGGUAUUAUGCCUAUUCCUACCUAUCAAAGUUUUCGUCGUAUGAUUCAUUUGUGUAAUGUGAAGGUACCAGAGAAAGUGAUGCAAGAUUUAGAUGCUAUUAAGGGAGAUGAUCAAAAAGUAAAGGAAUACGGUGUCCAAUUGGCUGUGGACAUGAUCAAGAAGUUGCAUACAGAAGCUGGUAUUUGUAAUUUCCAUAUUUCAACCUUGAAUUUGGAAAGAUCAACUCGUUUAAUCUUGGAAGAACUACAGUUGCAUAAACAACAAUCUCUGCAGACAAACAAGAUACCUCCUUGGGCACCUGUACAUGAUCCUGCCCGUGCUGAAUUAUGGGAUGAAUUCCCUAAUGGUCGUUAUGGUGAUUCCCGUUCUCCAGCAUAUGGUGAAAAUACAUAUGGUGCUGGUCAAAUCUUACCUACUUCAGAUGCUAGUUCAAAAUGGGGUCAACCCAAUCAUGAAAAUGAUAUUACAGAACUUUUUGUGAAAUACAUUCGUGGUGAACUAGAUUCUUUACCUUGGUGUGAAGAAAGACUUCAUACAGAAAGUGAGGCUAUUCGUCAACGAUUGACCGAUAUUAACCAACGAGGUUAUUGGACUGUGAGUUCACAGCCUGCUGUCAAUGGUGUUCCUAGUGAAGAUAAAAUCUAUGGUUGGGGACCUAAAGGCGGUUAUGUCUAUCAAAAGGCUUUUUUAGAAUUCUUUGUUUCUGAUCAACAUAUCAAGGAAUUAUUAGCGCGUCUUUACAAAGACAGUUCUAUUACUUUUUAUGCUACAAAUCUCAAGGGCGAUUUCUCUACCAAUGUAUCUGAUGCAGAAGCACAGAAUGCAGUGACUUGGGGUGUUUUCCCUGGUAAAGAAAUUAUUCAGCCCACAAUUAUUGAAAAAGCCAGUUUUGAAGCAUGGAAGGAUGAGGCCUUUGGUCUAUGGAAAGAAUGGGAAGAACAAUAUCCUCCUGGUAGUUCAAGUCAAAAAGUAUUAGAAGAAAUUAGACAAAGUUAUUGGCUUGUCAAUGUUGUUCAUAAUGAUUUCCAAAAAUCUGAUCUUUUAUUCAAUGUCAUGUUGGCCUAAAAAAUGAAAAAUAAAAAAAAAUAGCCUGCCUAAAAAAAAAAAAAAAAAAAAUA